UGUACAUUCUAACUUCCUCUUUCCUUUAUAAUAAAGUAAGCAUAUCAUAUAUAAACUUUUCCACUAAAAUCUCAUAUCAUAUACUAAACUUUCAAUCAUUUAUAGUUUGGUAGAAAUUUUCACAUUUAAAAAUGAGUUUUCUGAAUAGUCAUGUUACCUUAAAAAAAAGUAGAAAUUCAUUGGUUCUGUUAAAGCCAACCCGACUUCACGAUAUCAGUAUUGAUUAUUCACCAUUUUGAAAAUUAUUGGUUUAGAUAUUAUACUUGGUUUGUCAAAAUAGAGGCAUUAAUAAAAAUUACAAAAAUAAACCCGCGCUUAGAAGCGCGGGUCAAAAUCUAGUUUAUUGUUUAAAUGUGCAUGUAGUUUCAUAAUAUCUAUCAAAUUAUAUGUUGAAUUUUGAAAAAUAAUAUAUCAUAAAAUAAAGCGAUGAUCAAUAUAAAGUUAUAUACAUAAGUAUAUAAUACAUUUUUUGAAGUUCAUGAACACAUAUCAAUAUUUACAAUAAUUAAAAUAUUUUAUAAAUUUUAAAUAAUUUUAUGCUUUAGAUUUAUUAAAUGGUAAACUAAAAUUUAUUUUAAAUAAUUUUAAAAUGAGAUUCAGAUUUGCUUUGAUAUUUUAAUUAUAGUCAUAUUAAGUUCCAAAAACAUAAAAACAUAAAAUUUAGAAGCAAAUUUAAUAUUAUGAAAAUAAAUAUUUUAAUAAUGAUAAAAUAUAAUAUGCCUACCUCAUUAAAGUAUAUAGUGUUAUGUUAUUUUAAAAUAUUUUUUAAUUAUUUCAUCAAAAGAUAUUUUUUGUUAAGUCUUUUUAUUUUUUUUGAUAUCUCUUAAAAAUAAGCAGUUUAAAAAAUUGUGUGAUUGUAUUUUAAAAAUUAUCUUAUAUACGUAAAAUAUAAUUUAUAGAUUUUUUACUGUAAUUGAAAGAUAUUAUAGUCAACUAAAUAUAUGAAAAGUAAACAAAAAAUUUCAAUAAUACUAAUUAUAAACUAUUUUUAGUCAACUAAACAUAUAUUAGUUUAUGUUACUUAAUUAUUUUAUGUAAUCAUCUAAGAAAAUAUAUAUAUAUAUAAAUUAUUUCUAUUACUUUGAAAAUAUAUAUUUUUGUAUUGUUUAAAACUAUGUUUUAAAAAAACAAUAUUUUUUUCUGAUAUCAAGAUUAUGUGUGUGAAUCUUGUUUUAUGAAAUCACAUUAUAUGCAAAUAUCUAUUUUCAUCUAAGAAAAAAUAGAUAUAAAGAAAUAUCUUAUUACUUCAAAAGUAUAUUUUAUGUUAUUAAAAAUAUGUUUAAAUGGAAUUUUUCUCCUUUGUUAACUUUCCUUUUUAUUGAAAUAAUAUUAUAUAUACAUAUAUUUUCGUUUUUAAAUUUGUUUUUAAACUUUAUAAAUGUUUCUUUUUAUUAUAUAAGUUAUUUGGAAAAUUAUAAAAAGGAACUAAAUAAAAAAAUUCAAUAAUACUAUUUAAAUGUUAUAUUUUUAAUUCAUUAAGAGUAUAAGUGUAGCCAACUAUCGUGAGAGUUAACGUGAGCGCGACACAUAAAAAAAUAACUUUUAAAUAAUAUUAUAUAGAUUAUGAACCAAAAUCUUCUUAUAUAUUUCUUUUUUUUUAAAGAAAGCUUCUUAUUUACCUGAUCAUAACUACUAACUAGAUUUUGACCCGCGCUUUUAAAGCGCGGGAUUUGUCUCUCUUACAAAUACUUUAUUUUAUAACUUAUAAAUUUAUAUUAUAGCAUAGUAAUAAUCUUACAAUUACGUUUCAUGUGUACACAAUGUGUUUUGGGUAGAUGUGUAAAAUUUGAAUACCACGAGUUUUUUUAACUCACCAUAUUGAAUCAAGAAAAAUUAGGUAAAAUAAUCAACAAAGAAACUAUAUGUUACUAAGAAGGUGCUAUUGGAUAGAUUAUUUAUACACUUCUAAAGAUUUAGGUUUUAUAGUGAUUCUGGUGUUAUUCAAUUAAAACUCUUCAAGACUAUGUUAAAAUUUAAUGUUAUUAGUUUAUGAUUUUGCAAUAGAUACUUAAAAGUUUUUAAGAGUCUCGAGCAGUGUUUUGAUGUCUGACCCGGACCCGUGGUCAAAUUGAUAAACCCGGUGACUCAGUAAAUAAUCCAGUUUGGGUUUUAGAAAAUAUCCAUUAUUUAAAAAUUUGAUAACAUCAUUAAAAAUCCUUAAAUUCGGUAACCUGACAACCGUUGAACCACCGGCUGAACCAGCAAGUGAUUUUACUUUUUUUUUUUUUUAAAGUUUCGAUUAUUAAAAUCUAUGUUUUAUUUCCAAACUUGCAUUGAACUUUCUGAUUUUAUCAUAUAACAUCGAUUAAACUAUUUUGUUUAUGAUUUUUAGAUUUUGGUGAAGAUUUCACUAUACCACCUAAAAUAAUAAAUUGAAAGAUGAUAUUUUAUGUGUUUUGGUAUUGGUUUUCUUUUUUUUUUCUUAUCGAAAAUCCUAAAGCUUUACUUUUCAUUUAUUUUAGAUUUAAAAUUUAUUUUUACUAUUCAUAGACAUUAAAAGUUUAUGAAUUUAAGUAUUGUUAUAUUUUCUAUUAUACUAUUUUAAGUAUUCUACAGUGACUGAAUUUGAUAGGUAUAUUUCUGAAAUCCUGUUUUGUUUAAGUGUAGAUACUUUGAAGAUUAGCUUGCAUAUACGUGUAAAAGGGUACAAUUUUUGAUAUCUAAGCAUUAAUGUGGUAAAUAUUAUACAAAUCCAAUAAUAUUUUAAAGUUUUGAAGUCGCGUAUUUGUAGGUCAUACGGUAUCAUGAGUUUGGAUUUAGUAACAGGGAAUUUUUUUCUUUUUUUUUUAACAGGGAAAUUUGGUUGUAAAAUGAUAUUUUGCAUAAAAAUCUCGACUGCUUUUAUAUUAAUACAUAUUGUAUAGCACUAUCAUGUUAUUAAAACAUAUUCUAUAGCCCUAUCAUAUGAUCUUAUAAUACUUAAACGAACCCUAAAAUGAUAUUUAGAAUGUUCAUAAACAACAGUCUUGUUAAUGUAUAUUAAUAGUAAUUUGUUGAAAGUAUACACGAAAAUUAUUAUAGGGCAAAUGUUUUAAACCGGUAGGUAUUGUGUUGACAGUAAAAAAUAUAUGUUUGCUAUCUUAACUAACUACGCUGGAAGAGAAAUGAAAUUUAAAAAUAAGUAGUUAUUGGAAUUAAAUAGAUUUAGUGAAAAAUAAAUAUAAUUAAAUAACAUAGGUUUUAAAUAAAGCAGUGACACUGUUUUAAUAAUAUUGAUAUGGUUUGUCUAAAUCAAAGUAAGACCAAAAUAUUAUUUAUUAAUGAAAGGGUCCAAACAACAUUUUUUAAGUAGAUUUAUUUAAACUCCUUCCCUUUUAAUAGUAUUGAUAUGCUAGUAUAAAGAAUUAAAAACAUGUAAAAUAUUAUGAUAAGCUGUAAGUUUUGAUAAAACGUCCAUUUAACCGAUGAGAUCAUUCUAAACCACUACUUGUAUUAUUUACUAUUAUAGUUUUAUGAAUAUUUAAGUAAAGUAAAGCGUACCCAUUUCACACUACAUUAGUGACUUGCUUGCAUUGAUCCUCUACCAUAAAGAAAUCCUUUGUCUUUAGUUUUCCAAAUACUUAGCAAUCUCUCCUCUUCUUUUCCUUGCCUUUUUCUUUCUUGGCUUUUUCUUCUCUCCUGAUAGAAACUUUUUCCAGUCAAAAUUUAAGAGCUUUAAAGUAAAACUUCCACUAAGGUUUAUACAUAUACUGAGCCACACAUUUUCUCUUCUCGUUCCCUCUUCUCUUCUAUCUAGGUUUGGUCUAAAAUGGCGUCAAAAGGAAAGACACCAGUAAGAAGAACAACUCCAAGAAGAAGAAAAACAAUCAAGAAUUCAUCUUCUCCAUAUAGUAUCAAUAGUGACGUCACUUCAACGUUAUCAUCUACUUCCAUAUCUUCAACCGCUACGUCAACGUCGCCGAUUUCAUCCCAUGGAUGUUGUACGCCGAAGUCUACGAAGUCAAGAAUACCGGAGAUGCUGACGUGUCCGCCUGCGCCGAAGAAGCAAAGGGUUGCCCAAAACUCUGCUUUGAGGAGGAGACAAAUCACUUUCUUUGCUCCUCCAGAGAUAGAGCUCUUAUUUGUUUUGGCACUUGGUAAUAAUCAUGGUCAACAAAUCGACAAAUAAAGUUAAGUUUUAAUUAUCGUUUUGUGGCUCUUCUCAUGGUAUGAUCAAUCUCAAGCUUCUAGUUUGAUUCAAUAAUACAAUGAUUGAAGAUGUAUUAUAGAGAGUGUAGUGUGAUGUUUUUACCUUUUUUUUUCUUAUCUUGCUUUAAAUUUCCCCUCUUUGGCUCUUUUUGUUUUUAGUAUUUGGAUAAUUUUGAAUUAGGUAGGCUUGAAUUUGUGGUAGGGUAUAAUAUAACUAAUCAAAUGCCCUAUCUCUUUUUUUUUUUUUUAUAGUUAUUGUGAAUUAGGUAGGUUUGAAUAUGUGUAUUCAGAUGAUUGCUAACAUUUCAGGCUUGUUGGCUUUGCAGUUUUGUUUGUAUUUUGGUUUGAGUUAAUUACGAACGAGUUGGUUAUUGUUUUACA